UCAUCACGUAAGAGCCGUCUUUCGGGUUAUCCUAGCAAGCUUCUCUUUCCAAUGUUUCCUGGCUUCGGCAGGUCAGUUAAACUCCAAGGCCACCAUGGUGCUGAAUCCAGUCAUUUCUAAGCUCUCUGGUAAACUGGUAGUGUUGGCCAGUUCCUCUCCUAGAAGACUGGAAAUACUCCGCAAUACGGGUUUACGUUUUGAGGUGGUGCCUUCUUGGUUUAAAGAAACUCUUGAUAAGGGACUUUUCAAAGCCCCUCAUGAGUACGCUGUUGAGACUGCCAAGCAGAAGGCCCUGGAGGUGGCCAGGAGGAUGCCAAUUAAACACCUGAAGACUCCUGACAUGGUAAUUGGAGCAGACACAAUUGUGACUGUUGAUGGAAUGAUUCUGGAAAAGCCUGUGGACAAACAUGAUGCAUACAGGAUGCUAUCAAGUUUGAGCGGGAAAGAGCACAGUGUAUUUACUGGAGUUGCCAUUGUCCUGUGUCAUGAAAAAGACAAUGAUGAAGUGGACUACCAGUUGAUAGACUUCUAUGAAGAAACAAAGGUUAAGUUUGCAGAUCUGUCAGAAAACAUGCUAUGGGAGUACAUCAAUAGUGGUGAGCCUAUGGACAAGGCUGGUGGCUAUGGCAUUCAAUCUCUCGGGGGCAUGCUGGUGGAGUACGUCCAUGGAGAUUUCCUAAACGUUGUCGGGUUCCCCCUCAACCACUUCUGCAAACAACUUGACAUUAUUUACAACCACUGCUCUUUCUUUUCUCCUGAGACAACUGAGUCGGUAUACCUCAGCGGAAACGAGGAUCAUUCCACCUCCAUUCUAAUUCAGCAGAAAGACAGCUCCACGUCUAUCCCCAGACCCAACAGCCCUUUGGCCAGUCCACUUCAUAAGGUGAAGAAAGGCAGAGAAAGUCAGGCAAAGGUCAAUAGUGUGUCUACACAAGAUGAUCGAGAGACCAAGCUCCAUAACUCUGAAAAUACCAUAUCACCAACGAUGAGGAGUAGAGACGGGGCUAUGCACAAUGACAGCGAGCUUAAAAAACGAGACUUGGAGCGGAUUUAUGAGCUGAUGGAUGGAUUCAAAGCCUCAAAGGCACUGUUUACAGCAUCCAAGUUCUGCGUGUUUGACCUACUACACAACAAGCCUGGGCUAGAUGCGGAGCAGAUCGCCCAGGAGAUCAAAGCCUCUGUGAAGGGGACCGAGACACUGCUCGAAGCUUGUGUGUCACUGGGACUGUUGAGGACCAAAGAUACAACAGGACACCCGAAGCCUGUAUUUGAGAACACAGAACUGGCCUCACAUUUUCUUCGCUCAGAUGCUUGUUUUUCGCUGCACGCCUACAUUCAGCACUGUAACGACACGCUGUGGCCCCUGUUCUCCCACCUCGAUAGCGCCGUGCAGGAGGGAACCAGCCAGCGUGAGAAGGUCAAGAAAUGUAAAGAGAUGAGUGAGGACUCUUUUUGUAACAGCAGAGAAGCGAAACUAAGAUUCAUGCAUGCCAUGCACAGCUCUGCUAAAGUUGCAGCUACAGACGUAGCAACGGCCUUUGACCUCUCGAGCUAUAAAACAGCCUGCGACGUGGGAGGAUGCACUGGUGUCAUUGCAUAUGAGUUGAUUAAAGUCUAUCCUGAACUGUCUGUAACGGUGCUUGAUUUGCCUGCUGUUGUGGAGAUAAGUGAACUUUUUCAACGGCAGCACGCAGACAAAAGAGUUACUUUUAAAGCUGGAGACUUUUUAAAAGACGAAUUGCCCAAGGCAGACGUGUACAUCCUGGUGAGAAUUCUCCAUGAUCUGACUGAUGAGAAGCUGCACAUUCUGCUGAGGAAAAUUUCAGAUGCAUGCACUCCAGGCUGCCGCCUCCUGCUGAGCGAGAUCUUUCUUGAGGAAAACAGGAGCGGUCCGAGCCGAGGGCUGCUGCAGGCUCUCAGCAUGAGCGAAGGGAAACAGCGAAGUGCGGUGGAGUACAGUCGAAUUUUAAAGGACCACGGUUUCAUAACAGUACAAGUGAAACACACAAACAACUUUCUAGAUUCAAUGAUGUGUGUCAAAGCAUAACUGACUGCACCCUUACCUACAGUUAAAGCUUUGUAAUGUGGUGUGUGCUAUUGGUUGUCUUCACACUUUACCAACAAUAAACACUAAGGUUUUUUUUAAAUAUGAAAACAUGUUAAAGAUGUCCUUAUUUUAGGUUUAACACUUUCUGUGUGAAGGUAUGAAAGCUGAUAAAGUUGACAAAUCUCCCGUGCUGUACAUGUAGGAGAGAUUUUUUAAUCUUCUGAAGAUUUUUGAAGAGACAUCCUCCUGUUUUACAAACUCUAAAUAUGAAGACAUUUUACAGCUGCAUGUCCUUUUACCAUGCUUUUCAAUAUCCAAUAACCUCCAAUAAUCUGUUUUAUUGUUACAUAAUAGGUCUUCCCUCAGCUAUAUUUGCUGUAGAGUAUUGAAGAAAUGUAAUCUUUUCUUUUAAUUCAAUUAUACUAUAGAGUUCAUUAAUAAUGUCAGAAACAAUGCCUCUGUUAUUGGUAAUGCAUGCGUAAUUAAUUGGAUGUCCAAUCAGUGCAUUGGUUUUUAAUGUCUUUAGAGCAAAUUCAAAUGAUGGUAACAUGUUACACAAUUGAAAAUGUAACUAUUAGAAUAAUGAAAAAUAUUAUCUAAACACAGGGUGCACACUGAGUUUUGACAAGUCAGUCUGUAAAUGCCAUACAAAAUUACCGGCCUUGUAGAACAGUUGGCAGUCUGCGUUUUCCAAUUAUUCGAACUUUGCAUAAAAACAAGAUUUAAAUUCCAAAAAAGGUAAGAGUAUGCUAACAUAUUUUUCUCUUAUACUUAACUGAUCUAUCAAGAGAUUGAGUAUUUGUUCCAUAAAAGACCUGUGUAAGUUAGUACUUCAAAAUGUACCUUUGCAACUCUGGGCCAAAAUUGGAUGGAUUCUGUUUGUUAAAUGUAUUUUAGGAUCGUUGUUAUAUCAUAAAAUAUACAGGACCCCACCCUUUCAUACUAGCUCUAUUUCAUAUAGCUGCAAUAGCAAAAAUGUUGGAUGCAUACAGCCUUCUUAUUGAUAUCAUUCAUAAUGGUGUGUUUGCUAGAUGGCCUAAACAGUUUAGUAUUUUAUGCUUCUUUCAGUUAGACAACUGAUCAUUCGUGACAACUGAGUCAAAUGAAAUAAAUUGACAUUAAACUUUAUUGCUUUAGCUAAACUGUGUUGCUUUUGGACAAAAAAUACUGUAUAUAUUUACUGUUGAACACACUAAAGGAAGAUCAUUCAAAUUGAUGUAUUUUACGUUUGUGGUAAACUAAACAUGUAACAAGACAUGACAACAUUUUUCAGGGAAGUCUAGCGUUGUGAAAAAAAGUGUUCAAAAGAAUAAAAAAGGUGUUAUAAAUAGCUAGCGGACGAAAACCAUAGCAGUUUGAUGCUUCUGCUGCUGGAGGCAGGACUGUGUGCUUCAUGUUAAUAUGAACUUCAUGAAGAGGAUGUGACAAUGUUCAGGAUCGGUUACUUCUGGAACACUGAUACAAAUCCUAGACAGAGGGUGGGGACACUCCAGUGAUCUUCUCAGCUCCCCUCACUAUCCUCUGCUGGGCUCUCUUGUCUGCCAUAUUACAGCUGGAGCAUCACAUUCACAUGCAGUACUUCAUCACACUAAACAGCCAAUCUGUGGUGGAUGUGCUGGCUGGGAGUGCUGCUUGUUUCAGUUUCGUAAGAAAGUCCAGUCUCUGCUUGGAUCGCAUCACGAUCCUCUUCGUGUUCUUCAACUAGGGAAGGUUGUCUUCUGUAACAGGAACUUGAUGCUGUCCACUUUCUGUUGAAUGGUUGCUGAUGAUGAAAGGUUUGUGCUCAGGUCGUGAUCUCCACAAGUUAAUCGUGUCCUUCCUUGUUUUCCACAUUGAGCACCAGGUUUUCUCACUGCACCGGUUCUUUAGCUGUUUGACUUCCUCACUGUAAAGUUAUACUUAAUUAUUGAUGCAUACAUCUUCAAAAACCUCACUAUUUAAAUGUAGCAUAAACAUGGUGUUUACGGUACUGUAUUAUAAUUUUCCCUCUUGCACUUAUCUCUAAGGGAGCACCAGUCCACGUCUUUGCAAAUAUUUGUGAUUAUCUGAAAAAUGGACCUCAGCUGUUCAGCUAAAGUUGAACCCUGCAUCAAAGUAGUUUUUGAGUUUCUUGCUGUGUCAAGUAGAUUCCUCAAGAUGGUGCUGAAAAACCAAUUCAUGUACCUGAAAGAAACAAAGAAACAUAUGGAGAUCCCAAUUAACAGAUUAAUUUAUUCCAACAUCAGCUGCAUGUCUGUUACUGGGAUCAAAUUAAUAAAGAAUGACAGAGAACUAUCAGAAUUGAGGUUGGUGCCGGCAGGUUUGGGAUAUUAAUGUGCAUUGUAUGCAUUUGGUUUGGAAGCAAAGCUUUGUAAUCUGUAGAAGGGUAGGACACCAUCCCUUAAUUCCUUACAGAUACUCUUCUUGGAUUUCAGUUUGGAGGCAGCAGUUAAAGCAGCCAAACAGCUGCAGGGAAUGUAGGGGGGUAUCACUGGCAUUGAUAAACAGUGUGCACGGAUUACUUUUCAUUUUGGAUCUCUUUUUAAAGUAUUUUCCUAGGAGGGUAAGAAGGGUGGUCAAUGUUAUUCAUGGUUAUUUUCUUGUCAUUUCGUGUUCAGGCUCUGUGACAUCGAACUGAUUUCCAUUUCUCAGGUUUCAUUGCAUGAAUACGGAGAGACAGGAGAGGGGUGGACUCAAGUUCAAACAUGACACCAAAGUAAUUCACAAGACGUUUGUUUUAUUGACAAUAUCAACCAGGACCAUAAGAAACGUACAUAUUUGCAAUGUGUUUCUUGCAUUGUAAAAGCCGGGAUGGACUGAAUAACUUUGGAGGUUGGAACGCUUGCCAGUUUCCAGACAUCUAAACAAACGAGAGGACAUGGGUUAAAUGUUGUGGGAAAAAUUCAGGCCUUUGAGAUACAGAUCAGUGUCUAAAAUCAAAGCAAAGUCUGUUUUCCCCUCAAAACACGAUGAAGCAUUUCCAAGAAAGGGAUUUGCAUAUCUGUCCACUUUCAGUGUCCCAGCAGCUGCAGCUGCACCCGCUCACCCUUCAAAUGCCUCUCUUCUUGUGUACCGGCAUCAUCAGCAAACACUCUGCUACGCGUCCUAAUGAAAACCAUUCAAGUCAAUCAAGUUUAGCAGAGACCAAAGGCCAGUGUAAUUUGGGAAAAUUGCUGAAACUCCAAAGUAAUCUUCUGUAAUGUGAUCUUGCGUAUUGAACACUGGCUGUACUGUACGUGUCGUAUAAGAGCUCAGUCAUUUUCUUCAAAUGUAGUCUUGACAAGCAGCAUGGCUAUCCACCUGCAAGUAAUCAUCAUUCUAGUGUUAAGUGCUUUGAUAUUAAAAUGACUGAUUUAAGACCAUUUGCUGCUAGCAGAUAGGGGCCUUAAAACACUUCCAUAUGUUGAUAGAGAGGAAAAGCCAAGUUUGUGAACUGGCUUGACUGCAUGUUGUGGAGCAGCCAGUGAUAACAUGCUGUGCAUGGUAAUGGCUCAGUUAGGAAAGAAAACUUUACAUUUAUCAAGAAUGAUGUAAUCAAAGCCUUUUAGAUAGUACCAAGAGCAAGGUUUUAUAUUUAUUAUGUUUAUUUUUGUCAUUAAAUUGAAAUUUUAUGCAACUUGCAAAGAAACCACUUGAGGGCAACGUUGGCUAAAUGAAACCUCAGUUCAGCGCUGACUACUGAGUAAAGUUCCACUUUUAAUUGAGACUUCUUUUAAUGGCAAGCUAAUAAUUUGAUUAGAUAAUUAUGUUUAAUUUUUAAAAUUACCCAUUUCAAUUUUUGAAAAAUCUUAGUUUAAAAAUAAAUACUAUUUGUUUGUUAUAAAAGUCUUUCAGUUACUUUAGCAAGGAUCUGCAGAAUCCAAAUGUUUGCAUGCAGAAUAACAAGCAUCCUCUAAUCAGUGCAUUUUUCUGAAUUGCCUUUCAAAAACUGAACUCAUGCUUGGGCACCUGUUUCAAAGAGCAGGCUUGUUUAUCAAAGUCCUCCUCUGUCAACAAACAAGAAUGAGCGUGACGGCUGGCUCCUCAGCCCACAUCUGAUUUCAGCAAAUGUGCAAUUGUUCAAAGUGAGUUGUGCUUCAUUGAUUUGUUUCAAGGCAGAGGAAAAAUAACCUGAGGGCUUCUACCAGCUGGAAAUAACAAUGGAGUCCUUUUGGGCUGUUUUGUAGCUUGUUGGCCUGACAUCCUUGGUAAAGCAGAGGGAUUUUCACUGUGGACUUUAGUAGUGGGGACUGGGUAAAAUAAAUUAGAUACUCCUUAUUCAAGUAGCUUUAUUUUUGCAUGUGGAACAUCAGUAAUGGGUGUUUAAAGGAGAUUAUAUUUUAAUGCCCUUUUUGUGCUUUUCUUCAUGUGGUAAUUAUUUUACAAAUUGUGGUAAAAUGUAAAAUUGUUCAUUUACCUGUUGGAGAUGAAAAUGGAAAUUAACACCAAGUUCAUGUAAAUAAAUGGAAAGCACAUUG